CUCGGUGAGUAGGCAAUAGAAUAGAAUCUAAUUAUUUUCGUUUUGAAUACUGUUUUCAUUUAUGUUAUUGUGUGUAAACCACUGUAUUUAUGUAAGGAUACGGAUAUUCUACAUAUUAUAGUUUAGAUUUUGUAUAAACUAUAAAUUUAAGCUAUGGAUCUCGAAGACAAUGCUCUGGGCCUUACCCAGGAGCAAACUGACAAAAUUUUGCAGUUUCAAGACCUCACAGGCAUAGAGGAUAUGUCUAUAUGUAGGGACGUUCUGCAGAGACAACAAUGGGAUUUGGAGGUGGCUAUUCAAGAACAGUUGAAUAUUCGAGAAGGUCGGCCGUCAGUGUUCGCGAUAGAGGCGCGGGCGCCGCCGGUGGUGCAUGAUUAUAUAGCACAGCAAGUCUUCACAGACGAGCCUCCAGAAGGGCCAGGGGGUGUCCGGGGCCUCAUCCGAUAUGUUGUCAAUCUAGUUGUAUCAGUGUGCUAUAGUACAAUAACAUCAGUAUUAAAUCUGUUGUUGAAUUUCGUCCGCAAUGAUGAUCGGAGAUUGGUCACAGACCCUCUUGGUGACGUAGUAGGCUUCAUUAACAGCUACACGUCAAAAUACAACCAGCAUCCGGUGUUCUACCAAGGCACAUACGCGCAGGCGCUCAAUGAUGCCAAGAAAGAACUUCUCUUCCUCAUAGUCUAUCUGCAUUCUGAUGCAGCUACAGAAACACAGAACUUUUGCAGAACUACCCUAUCAGACCCAGAUGUGAUAUCCUACAUAAACACGCACGCAUUAUUCUGGGGCUGCUCGAUCGACACUGCCGAAGGCUGGCGGGUAGCGCAAUCCGUUGGCGGGCGGCGCUACCCGCUGCUGUGUGUGGUGUGUGUGCGGGAUCACCGCAUGACCGUGGUGGCGCGGAGCGAGGGAGCGUGUAGCCCGCAGCAGUUGCUGCAGCGGCUGCAGCGUGUGGUUGCUGAUAAUGAGCUGCAUCUCGUUGCUGCGAGGGCUGACAGGGUGGAACGUGAAGUGACGCAGCGUUUGCGAGCCUCUCAAGAUGAGGCCUAUGCGGAGUCACUAGCCGCCGACCAAGAAAAGGAACGACGGCGCGAAGCCGAGCGCUCAGCGCGAGCUCAACGCGAGGCCGAAGAAAACAAGCUACGGGAGCAGGAGGAGAAUAGGAAGCAAGAGGUGGAGGCGGCGCGACUGCAGCUGGCGGCUCGCCUGCGGCCGGAGCCGGCGGCCGGCGCGGCGGCCGUGGUGCUGCUCAUCCGCCUGCCCAGCGGCGAGCGCCUCACGCGCCGCUUCAGCUACGACACCACCACGCAGGACUUAUACGACUUUGUCUUCAGUCACCCACAAUCCCCAGAAGAUUUCGAGAUCACCACGAACUUCCCAAAGCGUACCUUACCCAAGGGCCUCUCCAAUCUCGCCGACGUCGGCCUCAAAGACAGGGACGUCCUCUUCGUUACCGACAUGAACGCGUAACCAGUGAGUUAUGUGACCCUAGUACUGAUGUAGUGAGAGUAUUGACGUAAUACUUUAUUUAAUUUGUGAAUGUGUAUUUAAAUCCUUUGGUCCUGAUACUCUAAUGUAUUCCAUCAAAAUUGAGUUGAAAAUAACCUAAUUUUCAAUUUUGAGGACUUCAAUGGUUUUGGUGCAUAUCAACUUAAGUGCAUGAGAUUGGCCUUUAGUAGCAUUUGAUGCAUUAACGGCUCAGCCACGACAUUGAUCUAAGCGCGACAGCGGUGAGCGGCAGCCAUACAUUAGAGCGAGACACAGCGAUGGGACUUUUCAUUCGCACGUAUGGCUGUCGCUCACCGCUGUCGUGCUUAGAUCAAUUUCGUGGCUGGGCCGUAAGGGCGGUGGUCACAUCUAGCGUAUCGCGAGCGUAGCGUCGGGCCAACUCUAUAGUUUAGGCUUUGCCAUACAGUUGUCCCGACGCUGCGCUCGCGAGACGCUAGAAGUGCCGGCCCUAAGUGGUGAUAAUAGGCUUUUGUACAAAAAAUGUUGUCCUGAUUUACCUUUCUGAAUAGCUAUGGUGAACUUAUACUGGUAUGUAUGUAAAAUUAUUUUCCAUAAUUUAAUUAUACAGAGAGGAAAGUGGGGACAUUAGUACGGAGAAGCUAGCAACCUUUUUCCUUUAAAGUGCAAAACAAUUUCUCAAAUCCACGGAUCUACCGUUCUGGUAUCUAUUGGAAUACCUCGUAUAGAAAACGCUCUGCAUUUUAUAACACAUGUGCGAUAUCAUGUAUGUGCUUGUUUGAACUAUUGAAAUAGUUUUUUUUUUAAUAAACAUAGGUUUAAUUGACUAAAACACAAAAUUGGUGCAGUUUCUGUCGAAUUAUCAAUGAAAUUCACUGUAAAAUUUAAAAUGUCUUAAGACAUGAGUGAGCAUAGCGUGUGAUUCUGUGCUUUGCGCAGAAAUGACAACGUUUUGGAGAUAAUGUAAAUUUAAUGUAGCUAACUGAAAGUUAAGGACCUAAGGCACUGGUCCCACCGCGAGCACGGGAGUGCUUAUCUUCUGUUCGUUUUUGUAGCCGAUAGCAGCUCAUAGCUUACUACUUCGCGGUGGGACCAGUGCCUAGCCAUGUAACAACACCAGAAAAAUUCUCAAAGUGACACUAAUAAGUUAUUCGUCUUUUUGUGGAAUUGAACUUUUUAUUGAUCCAUGGUGUUAUACUAAUCUGUUUAGGCACCUGCACUUAAACGUAAUAUUAUCAGAAAAGUUGUAAAAAAUAAAUACAAUCAUUCAUAAGAAUUUGAAUAUACAUACCUAAACUAGAAAAUGUGGUAAUUGUUCAAAACCAAAAUAUCAUUUUUGGUCACAACUUUAGUCUUUAACGUAUUGCGUAUAGUAAUUAGAUGUAAAAAUAUUUAGGUAAAGAAACUAUUACGGUCAUAAUGAAUGGUGGACGCAGCGAAUUAAAAAAAGACAUGUUUAAUUAUUUUUUCCCGAUUUCAACGCUUAAUUGAUGCUGAAGGCAGGCAGGUUUUGUGAUGUCGUAUUUAUAAGACGAUGUUUCCAUUAUGGAAUGAAUGUCAACCUUUCUCCAGAGAAAGGUUCCCAGAAUGCCCAGGCAUAUAUUGUUAACCUUCAAUAAAAAAAAAAACUCUAUUUACAAGUUUAUCGUAAUUGGAACACCUAUAAUAAUAUGUUACACAAUGGAAUCCACAUAAAUAUCUUAUUUCAUAGAGUUAAAAGUGUGACAGUUAUGACACAUAUUUUUGCAGCCCUCGUAUUGUAACAUAUUAAGAGGUGGGCUGCAAAGAGGUUAAUAAUAGUGCAUACACUUUAAAAUGUGAUCAAUUAUAUCCUUACCGCCUUAUUCAUAAACGUACUCUAAAGUUAUCAAGCGGAUAAAGUUCGUUUGUCCCUUUCCGACGUAUUGGUGUGAUAGAAAAGGACAAACUCUAUCGGCUUAAUAACUUUAGAGCACGUUUAUAAAUAAGGGGGUUAGAGUUUUGAGACGAGAGACAUAAUUUUCCUUCAAAAUAAUCUGGUGAUUUUUGCAGGGGCUGCUGGUCAAAUUUAUGGCUAUUGUGCGUGCGUCGCGUCAUAAAUUUCAUUUGCCCCUGCGAAAAUCGGCAGAUAAGCAAACGUCAGUCCGUGAAACAAAUAUCAUUGACUGGUUUUUUGGCAGAGGGGUAGCUCGUUAAUGCGACUCCCGUUUGAAGGCUCUAAAAUUAUAUCUGUAAAGGGUAAGUUGGAUAUCAUAAGAGAGCUUAUCAAUAAAAAUCCAAAAUUAUAUUCGACUCUUUCUUAUGCUGUGUUUCAAUUGUUUUGUUGUUUGUUUUUGUUUUGAUAUGCAUAUAACAGAAUUGUUCAAAUUUUAUUCCAGACAAGAAAGAUGCAUAAUAAAAUAUCAGACGUUAAAUUUUAAGUUGGCUUUACCGAGAAGAUUUGUUUUAUAUUUGUAUGUUGAUAUAAUUUAUUAUGAACCUACUCUAAGUGGUCAAUGUAAAGUUACUUUAUAAGAUAGCACAAUUUAUAAGGCGACGACUCUAAAUUACGGUGUUUAGCUAUUCGCGGCUUCCCAAUGAUAUUCUUGUUUGUAUGUUAGAAAGUAGGUGCAUCUCAUUUCAUAUAAUAAAACCAUACUUUUAUCUCUGUUUUUACAGCCAGUGCCAUGGAACUAAACCUUUAAUAGUACUAUUAUAACAACAUAUUCAACAAUAUAUUUAAACUUGAAUCACUGAAAGCAUAUUCGCAACUUAUUGUUAUUGAACUAUUACAAGAUAUAAUAACUAACACCUAGUUCCUACAUGUGAUGCGCCUUUAAAUAUAUCAUAUAUCAUACCAGUGCAUUUUCGUUUCAGCUUUUGCUUACAUUUAUAAAACAUUGUGUAUAUUUGUCAGAAGUACUUUAAGUAUGACCCGUGAGAGGUUUGAGUCCGGACAGUGGCUGGGCCUGCAUUUACGAAACGGACUGUGUAGUAUAUUUUAUUGUUUGGUUGUAUAAUAAUUAUGUUCCUUCCAACAA